UUUGUUGAACUUUCCAUGUGUGUUGAUCUGGUUUUGUUUUUUGUUUUUUUGUUUUGUUUUGUUUUUUCUUUGAAAAAAUCCCAUAAUUUUGAUCGUACAAUAGAAAUGAGCCUUUUGAAUAUUGCAGCCAUUUUAUCAACAAUGACCGCAUCAUCAUCAUCAUCUAUACAACAAUCUCAACAUUUAAUAUCCAAUAUGAAUCAUCAUAAUCAUAACGACUUGGUCGAUGAUUUAAUUGGUCUGAAUUUUCGGCCAAAUUUUCAUCAUUAUUCUGGUUUCUUAUCUGCAUUGAAUGAUGUUUAUUUACAUUAUUGGUUUUUUGAAAGUCAACAAAAUCCUUUGAAUGAUCCAUUAGUAUUAUGGUUAAAUGGUGGUCCUGGUUGCAGUUCAUUAGUCGGUGCAUUGGCCGAAAAUGGUCCAUUUCGUAUUAAUUCCAAUCUAACCGUUGAUUAUAAUCCACAUACAUGGAAUACAAAUGUUAAUAUGCUUUAUAUUGAAACACCAGCACAGGUUGGUUUCUCAUAUAAAUUGGAUCAAAAUUAUCAAACAAAUGAUAAUGAAACUGCUCAUAUGAAUCUGGCAGCAUUGAAAAGUUUUUAUCGAAAAUUUCCAAAUUUCAUUCAAAAUGAUUUUUAUAUUACCGGUGAAAGUUAUGCUGGCAUAUUCAUACCAAUGUUGGCCACAUUAAUACUUGAUGAUCAUUAUCCACCAAAUUUGAAAGGAUUUGCAUUAGGAAAUCCAUUAUUGGAUCAAAAUAUUAAUAUAAAUUCACAAUAUUUUUAUCUUUAUUCACAUGGAAUUAUUGAUGAAAAAAUUUGGCUCAAAUUGUUACAAUUUUGUCGUUGUGAUCAUCAUCAUCGUAAUAUAAAAAACAACCAUCAUCAUCAUCAUCAUCAUCAUCAUCUGUACGAAAUUGUAAUUUCAUCACGAAUAAAUCACCAUUAUGUCAACAAGCAAUCAAUCUACGAUAUUUAUAUGAAUUCAUUUGAUUUAAAUCUUUAUAAUAUAAAUAGUGAUUGUAAACAGGAAUCAAUACAUGAUGAAUUAUUAUUGAAAAAUUGGAAAGAAUCAUCAGAAAAAUUGAAUAAAUUAAUGAUAUCAUUACCAUGUGCAAUGGAUGAACAUGCAUUGACACAUUGGUUGAAUAAAAAAUCGGUUAAAAAAUCAUUACAUGUACCAUCGAAAUUUCAUUGGUCAUUCUGUAAUAAAGUUGAUUAUGAUCGUAAUGAAACAAAAUCUGUACGAACCGAAAUCGAACGUUUAAUUGAUUCCGGUAUAAAUGGUUUAUUAUAUGCUGGUGAUUUGGAUGUUGUUUGUAAUUUUCUUGGCAUACAAUGGUUUGUCGAUGAUUUAUUAUUAAAAGAAUCUAUUGAUGAUAAUAAUAAACUACGGCCAAUGAUAAAUCAUACUUAUUGGAAAUAUAAUGGACAGAUUGGUGGAUUUUAUAAACACUAUACAACGGAUGGUGGCAGUAAUUUAACAUUUGCAACAAUACGUGGUGCUGGCCAUUCAACCGCCGUGGAUAAACCAGCUGAAACGAAAUAUUUAUUUUAUAAAUUUUUAAAUCAAAAAAAUUCGGACAAAUUUUUUUGAUAUUUUUGUUGUUGUUGUUG